AUGGUCCACUACUUCUUUGGGAAUCACGUCGCCGACGGUGAUGCAAACACCAGAAUCCGCAGCAUGGGCUGCCAUGAAGGCUAUCAGCUCGCCAUGCACACGCUCGACCAGUACCGAGGCACCGUUGUGGCCUGCCGCUACGGCCUGCCACCUACUCUUGCCCGCCCCGAGGCCCUCGAGACCCUCCAAGGCCGAUUCUGUGACGCUGUCGCCCGGGUUGUCCUUGCCCAGCCCCAUCUACAAGUCGGCAUUGUUGGAGAGAAUACGAAAAACCCUGGAUUCGUUUGCCUUGAGCGACUUGACUUCCGAAAUCAUUUUGAAUGGAGAACGCUUGACGACUCCAGUCAACUCGAGGCGGUGUAUGUUGAGUCAAUUCAAGCCCAGCUCGAUUCCAGAUAUGACCACCUCUCAACCCAGCCCGGCUGGAGAGUGAUCAUAUUACACAAGACUGGGGCCGAGUCCAUGGAGGUGUUGUAUGUUUGGAACCACCCGCAUCACGACGGCGUGAGCGGCAAAAUAUUCCACCAGCACUUGUUGCGAAGCCUAAAUGAAAACUUGAAACAGGACAAGGAGCCCAUGCUCAAGGUUCCGAAGGGCUCGGAUAGUUGGUUUCUCAACCUUCCCGGCUGUUCUGAUAAGUUGCCGCCCAAUCCUGAACUCUUGUCUUCAUGGCCCAUGACACCAUCAUUUCUGCUGAGGGCUCUCUGGAAAGAGCUGAAACCGCCUUUGAUUUUCCCACCUGGCAACACACAUGCGACCUGGGCUCCAAUAAAGACCACGCCCUUCAUGACCCGCUUCCGUACAUUCACCGUAGACAACGGCACCGUCACGAAGUUGGUGGCUGCUUGUCGCUCGCACAGCACCACCCUGACAGGUCUUGCCCAGGCCCUCGCUCUCGUCUCUUUCAUAUCCUUGCUUGAGGAUAUGAAGGGCUUCGCAAGCAGGACUCCUUACGAUUUGCGACAUUUCUUGCCCUCGCGCACUCGACAAUACCCCUGGCUGGAGCCAAAAGAGAUGAUGUGUAAUUAUGUCUCGGUUGUGGAGCAUGAAUUCGACUCCAAACUCGUCGCCGAGAUCCGUUCCAAGAUGCUGGAUCAGCCUAUAGAUACACCAGGCCUGCCUGCUGGUGUCAUGGAAGUGGUCUGGUCCGUUGCGGCUCGAGUCCGCCGGGAGAUUCAGGAGAGACUGGACUCGGGGGAUCGGAACGAUCUCAUAGGCAUUAUGAAGUUCGUCUCGGACUGGCGGACUCAACAGCGAGCCGAGGCGAAUAAGACGAGGUACUUGUCAUGGCUCGUCACUAACCUCGGUGUCAUCGACGGAGGAGCUAGUGACACAAGUGGACAAGAGGAAGGCUGGUCGUUGCGCCGGGCGGAGCUCGUUCUGAGCGCAGAGAUUCCCUCCGCUGCAUUCUCAGUGUCAAUCUUUACCGUGAAGGGCGAGCAGAUGUGUGUCACGUGCAGCUGGCAGGAAUGCGCGGUUCACCCGAAUAUUGCCGAGGGCCUGUUGAGCAACCUGGAACGAUGGUUGAAUGAAAUCGGAGCCUAG